CAGAAAUGCUCUCUUACUAUUCAGACUCAGAACCCAAGUAACAAAUAGUACACUAACUCAACUAAACAUAGUUUGUCAUUUGAAGCUGUAACAGAGUUGUGGGGAGGGGGUUUCAAGAAGUCAGGGUGCAGUUCACGCUACCAACUUCUACUUUUGAUUAUCAGAUUGUCUAAUUAUCAUUUUUAGUUAUUUUUGAUUGCUUCUAUUACUAGACCUGAUAUUAAGUCCACUGACAAAUAACACAAAACUUAUACUAUCACAGAAAUGAAUAGGAUAAUUCUGAGUCAGCAUAAAAUUACUUUACAUUCAUCACGUCAUACCCUAACUAAAAUAUCAAGAAGUUAUCAGUUUGGUAGGAACUCAAGAAACAGUGGUUUCAGCCAGCCACCAGGUUAUAUUCCGCCACAUAUCUGGAUGAAAUCGAGACCAGAAAGGGAAGAUUUGAAAACAUCCGUAUUCGGUGUUGAUGAAAAAAAGCCUACUGUGGAUGAAAAAAGUUACUUAUCACAUGCCGCUCAUGCCUCCCUAUCCGGUUUUCCUGUUACAGAGAACUUUUCUUAUGAAAUUGUUAAUAAUGUAAGUUAAUCAUAAGUUUCGUAUAAUUUACCGAACAAGUCCACUGCUUUGUGUUACAACCAUCUCUCUGUACUUCGACAGUUUCACAGUUUAAACACCUAUUUCUACAUCCAGAAAUGUUACUACCAUAUUUUACACUUCAGUAACAGAUUAGCUUUUUUAUCUGCAAACAAAUCGACAAGUGAUUGCUACGUUGCAAAGGGCUGUUUGAAUUUUUUCAGAUAAUAAAAAGCAACCUCUCCUAGACUAACAAAUACAUCAACCGAGGCUUGCACAGAAGACCAUUGGUUUACACUCCUACGUUUCAGAACGCUGAAAAAACAAGUAAUAAACCGAGAAAAAGAAACUAAGUAUGAGUAAUAAAGUCUUUAGAAUUGAGGGGAAAUAAAGAACUUAUUCCGAGGUAAAUUUCUCAAAUUCAUUUGUGACGUUUGCAUUUGCUUAGAGCUGUAUUACUUAAGGUAUCCAUCUAUUCUCCGGCACUAGACAUUGGGAACCAGAAACUUAUGACUGUAUACACCAAACCCUCGGUACGAACUGACCUUUUGUUUUUAUUUCUGACCGUUAGCGUAUCGCUUUGGGAGAGUAAUUUGGCACAUGUCCCAUCCAACACUUCGGUUGAUGCUAGUUCAAAACGUCUUUCACUGGCUUGUCAUCUUCGAUAAGAAAUAUAUAGCUAGGUUUAAUAUUGCUUACCUGAUCGCUUCAUCAUUUCCUAAUGCCGUAUCGACAUUCAUAGUGACAUGUCUAAUUAAUUACUUUUUUAACCGUCUGUCAAUUAUUGUCUUUAGGUAUGACAUGCACUAUCCUCCUAAAUACAGAGUAAUUCUCCAAGACUGGUGGGAGCCUUUAUCUGGAUUCGUUGUGGUGAGCUGUUAGAAAUAAACGAAAAGCUCCUUUAUUUGAGUUGGUGCUGGUGGGAUGACAGAUAAAACCAGUCUACGAAUAUUAAAAACUAGAGCAGCCUAUGGCAGUCUGGGCCAUCUUUGGCGCCGUCGUAAUGUUAGUCUGGUUACAAAACCUUGGGUUUACAACACCUCGAUGAGAGCAGUUUUGUUCUGUGUCUGUGAAACCUGUUCUCCAGACUUUGAUGUUAGGCAACUCUCUGUGUUCGAUUAUCUUUAUCUCUUAAGGAUUACUGACUUUCAGUGGUAACAUCAAGUUAGUAAUACUGAGCUUCAGCAAUGUGUGUUCAGGGUUAGUAAAGAUAGUUUGGUUAGUGUCAUCAACUCGGGACACCAACUUCAGUGGCUUAAACGUAUUCUGUGAAUGUCACUCUAGACUUCUACAUCAAACUGCUUUCCGAUACUAGAAUAGGGUAAAAAAUUCAGGAGGAACUUUACUUUAUGACAUUUCCCCAGUGUGUGAAAGAAAGCUGUUGAUCUACAUAUCUCUUUACAACACAGCACCUAUUAAAGUGCUUCUGUAGUUUCCUCCUACUUAAAACUAAGAGAAACUCCCCCAAGAGGUUUCUUGGUUGUAUUGUUAACCAAAGUGUAUUCCCUAUUAUUCUUGUUUGUUCUUUUUGACUGAACUCCCUUUCCAUCUUUUGUUUCUGUAAUUAGAAAUUGCAGUUCAAUCGAUAUCACUUGAUAAUAUUCAUCAAUAGGAACCGUAAAAUAUUUCUCUAUUCCAAGUGCACUAUUCUGUCUACGCCUAGCGUCCUAAGCAUUGACUAACGAUUCUCUUCUGCCAAAAUCAAUAUUGAGUUGAGGCUCAGAUAGUUUUAAAUCCUGAUUGUCAGGAUCAAUACCAGCGAGGUUGAGUUAAUAAUAGUAUCAGUAAUAGUAAAAGCACUCAACAUAGGAGAUAUAGUUCACAAAACACGCGAUAAAAAGCAUGAAAUAAAUUUAGAAAUUGAAUCAAAAUGAAGUGAAUAAUGCGUCAGUGUAAAUCAUUCUGAGUCAUCACGCAACAAUCAGCCACUGUCAUCGUAUGAACAGCAUCCAUUUAUCCUGCAGCUACCGAUUACUAUUCAGACCAAUAGUCACUAAUUUUACAAACUGAUAUUUCUUCCUUUGAUUACCCUGGCCUCAUUCCAACCUACGCUAGGCAGCAUUCGGUAUUGAGAGAGGUGGUGAAUAACGCGUAAAAUAUGUUCUACCUCCCCAGAAUGAUAGAUAUUUAGUCUCACCAACCAUUUUCCUUUAUAUACGCCAAGCCUCAGCGUUGUUCACUUUGUUGCUCCAUCACAUAUAAGCGACGGUUUGAAGUUGUUUGUCACUUUCAGGUCGUGGAAUAUGAUUACAGUUUAGUGAAGGCACAUAUACCUGUGUCCGGGAAUCUGCCAGAAGGUCAAUAUAGUUGAUACAUCCAUUUGUAGAUCUGAGACCUUGGUUUUCCUUAAUUAUCAUGUAUAGUCCUACUAGUUGUAUGUCAUUAAAGCACGUGGUAAUGCUUUUAUGAGAAAUGAUAAUAUCGUAGUGCUGUUACUACUAUUCGUAUGCACCCAGUAUGUAUCACCUCUUAAAAUCAGAUCAAUGAAAUUCCGAAAGUCGAUCAAAAACUAUUAAAUAAUCUUCAAGCUAUGGGUUUGUUUGAGCUGACACCCGUUCAAAAACAUGCCAUCGGGAUUAUGUCAGUUGAUGAAUAUGAGGAGGUUGAUGUUAAAAUAGAUGAGUUCAAUCAAAGUACAGAUGAUAAUCCUCCUUAUGAACGUGUCACUGGUAAAUUUGAUUUAAUGGCAGCUGCACAAACUGGUUCGGGUAAAACACUAGCUUAUCUUAUUCCAAUUUUCAAUCGUUUGUUGAGAGUUUAUCCAUUUGAAGCGAUGCAAUCUUUGCUCAUCUCUCGUACACGACGCCAGUAUCCCUCAUCUGUAAUUUUGGUACCAACUCGUGAGUUAGUCCAACAAAUACAGUUAGAACUACGUAAAUUAUGUAACCAAACCUUCGUUCGAUCAGUAGGUGUAUUUGGUGGUGAACGACCAGAACGACAGAUGUUUGAAUUGAAUAAGGGAUGCCAUUUUGUAGUUGCAACUCCUGGAAGACUUUUAGAUUUCUUGAACCGUGACUGUAUAUCCUUAAAAUUCUGCAGAUCUUUAAUACUUGACGAGGCAGACCGAAUGCUAGAUAUGGGUUUUGAAGAGCAAAUACGUCAAAUUUUAGAGUCACCAAAAUUUCAAAUGCCUCCACCAACAGGGAAUGGUCGUCAAACUGCAUUAUUCAGUGCGACAUAUCCACGUGAGGUUGCUCUUUUAGCCAAAGAUUUUCUACGCGGUCCAAACUGUAUUUCUCUUACACUCAGCAGUGCUGAAUCUAAUACUGGCACUAUAGUCCCUACGUGGGGAAAAGCAGUUCGUAAUAAAAAUGAAGAUGAAUUUGAACGACUUACACGAAUAAUUCCCAAAGAAAUUAAUCAGCAGUUCCAAGUGGUUGUCGGUAAUCCUGAAUCCGCUGUUCCGAAUCAUCUUUUACAGUUAAUUCUAGAAAUGAAAUCUAAAAGUUUGGAAAGUGUUUGUCGAGUUCUUGUAUUCUGUAAUACCAAAAGGGAAGUUGAUCAAAUUGAUAAUUAUCUUUAUUCUAACGGCAUAAAAUCGACCUCUAUUCAUGGUGAUAAAACUCAGUCUUCUCGUGCGAAAUCCUUAGAUCUAUUCCGUAAAGGAACAGCGAAUGUUCUUGUCGCUUCAUCGGUUGCUGCUCGAGGUAUUGAUAUACCCAAUGUUUUUGCAGUUAUUAAUAUUGGUCUCCCAAAUGAAUUAGAUGAUUAUGUUCAUCGAAUAGGACGAACUGGUCGUAUGGGUAAAUCUGGUGAGGCUAUAACACUUAUUCAUGAAACCUUGUUACAACAACAACAAUCAAGCAGAACAGUAUCACGUGGGAUUUGCCAACUUUCGAAUCUGUUGGUAAUUUAGAUAAAGUCCCAAAAUUAUUGUUGGAAUAUGCCAAUAUGGAAACUCAAGAAGGGGGAGAACAAAAAUACAAUAUUCGUUCAAAAAAUAAAGACAUUUAUUCGAAAUUUAAGCCUCGUCCAUUCACAAAAGGUUAUAAAAGUUAUCCACGUGAUGAUAGUUCGAUGCGAUAUUUGUAAAUAAACAUUAUAAUUCAGUCUAGCGAUAUGUAAUAUAAACAUAAUUCACAUGUAUAAUUAUAUUUGUCUUCAUUUUUUAUGCCGGGAAAAAAGUAUUGCUUAAUAUAUCAUCACAAGUAUGAAAUCCGAGGACAAUCUUCACGUA